AUGGAGGCGGCGGCGGCGAGGCAGAGGGCGCGGCCGCGCACGCCGCCGGCGGAGGAGUACGACCCGUGGACGGCCUGGCUCUACAAGCCGCGCACCAUCUCCGUGCUGCUCGUCGGCGCAUGCCUCCUCAUCUGGGCGAGUGGAGCUCUGGACCCGGAGGGCGCUGCCUCCCACAGCAGCUCGACAUCUAUCAAGAGGGGUGUCUGGGCUAUGAUUGCGGUGUUCCUUGCCUAUUGCACACUCCAGGCACCAUCAACGAUACUUAUUCGGCCCCAUCCUGCUUUCUGGCGCCUGGUGCAUGGGCUGGCGGUUGUUUACCUUGUUGCUCUCACGUUUCUUCUUUUCCAGAAUCGUGAUGAUGCUCGCCGGUUCAUGAAACACCUUUCUCCUGAUCUUGGAGUUGAGUUACCGGAGAGAUCCUAUGGAGCCGAUUGCCGUCUGUAUGUUCCAGAAAACCCUAAAAACAAGUUCAUAAAUAUUUAUGAGACAUUGUUUGAUGAAUUUGUGGUCGCCCAUGUUUUGGGCUGGUGGGGCAAGGCUGUAAUGAUACGGAAUCAAGCUCUCCUUUGGGUCUUGUCGAUUGGCUUUGAGCUAAUGGAGCUUACGUUCCGACAUAUGUUGCCAAACUUUAAUGAGUGCUGGUGGGAUAGUAUUAUCUUGGACAUCUUGAUCUGCAAUUGGUUUGGUAUUUGGGCGGGAAUGCACACGGUCCGAUACUUCGAUGGUAAAACAUAUGAAUGGGUUGGACUGAGCCGACAGCCCAGCAUCAUGGGUAAGGUGAAAAGAUCGUUGAGCCAGUUCACUCCUGCACAGUGGGACAAGGAUCAAUGGCAGCCCUUCAUGGGGCCGUUGCGGUUCAUCCAAGUGUUGUUCCUCUGCGUCGUUUUCAUGAUGGUGGAGCUCAACACAUUUUUCCUUAAAUUCUGUCUCUGGAUCCCUCCAAGGAAUCCCUUGGUUGUGUACAGAUUGAUCCUGUGGUGGCUGAUUGCGAUCCCGACCAUCCGCGAGUACAACUCCUACCUGCAGGACAGCAAACCGGUGAAGAAGGUCGGGGCUUUCUGUUGGCUCUCUGUAGCCAUAUGCAUAGUGGAGCUUCUUAUCUGCAUGAAGUUUGGGCAUGAAUUAAUCUGGCCAGGUCUUUUUCAUGAUCCGAUGCCUACCUGGCUGAUCAUCUUUUGGAGGUCGGCGGGGAUAGCGUUCGUGGUCUUCUUGCUCGCGUGGUCGUGGAGUAACCACCAGAAAUUCCGGAGAAAGAAUCUCUGA